UCCGCGAUGAGGAAGUGGACGGUUUUGACUAUAGUUACCGCAGCUGGCUUUCUAAGCCUGGCGCAGCAAAUCAAAUGCAGAUCACCAACGCGCUACAUGAUUCCAGAGUUCAAAGCAAACUGGUUCAAAGCCACGGAGUAUUGCUUCUCGCUCGGAAUGCAGCUGGCUGUAACGAACUCCAAGCAGCACCACGACAGGAUUGUUGAGGUGGUCAAAUCUUCACCGAUAUACAAAGAGGAAGAUACGGUAGUGCUCCUCGGUGACAAUGAUCUCGGAGAGGAAGGCGUUUUCUAUUGGCAUUCAACGGGAGUUAGACUGACUUAUGCUCACUGGCAGACUGGUCAGCCGGACAAUUGGAAAGGAAUGGAAGAUUGCGUUGCUUUGGUGAAUAUUCCGGCCUCCGGGUGGAACUGGGUCGCCAACGAUGGAAGCUGCGAAUCGAUUCAUUACUUUGUUUGCGAGAAUGUUGAAUCGAUUCACGAUGUCGGAGUCUUCUGAGUGUAACAGUUUUCGU